GCCUGAAGCGAGAGAGAGAGUCAUAUAGACAAACAAACAUCGAUUGACGAUCACGAUACGAUCGCAUCGAGACAAUCCGUCCAGUGUGGCCAGCUAGGUUCCUUCCCCCGGGAGUGUGUUUGAACGUACGGUGCCGUGAAAUGAAUCCUGUGUUUCGUCAGCUUUCCGCAGCUCUUUCGAGUGUCAGCUUGAGAGGUACGAUAAGAUUAAGCUCGAACGAUUUACGACAGCUGCUCGCCUUCACCGCUGGACCAGUCACUUUAGAACCCCAUCGAAGGUACUGCUGCUUUGAGAUGAAACCGAAAGUGUACGUAACGCGGAACGAUUACGCCAGAAUUGGGCUGGACCUGCUAAGGGAAGAAUGUGAUAUUUCACUGUGGGAUGAAGGCUAUCCGGUGCCGAGGGACGAAUUUCUUAAGAAUGUUGCAGGGAAGGAUGCGAUCUACUGCUCGCUGAACGAUCGCAUCGACAAGGAGCUGCUCGACCAGGCAGGGCCCAAUCUUAAAGUCAUCUCAACCAUCUCCGUCGGGUACGAUCACAUCGAUGUGAAGGAGUGCAAGCAGCGGGGCAUCCGGGUCGGCUACACACCUGACGUGCUGACGGAUGCAACGGCCGAACUGACGGUGGCACUACUGCUGGCAACGGCGCGCCGCAUGUUCGAGGCCAACAAGCAAGUGCACACGGGCGGCUGGAAGUCUUGGUCGCCGAUGUGGAUGUGCGGUACGAGUGUGAAAAACUCCGUCGUCGGCAUCUUCGGGUUCGGUCGCAUCGGCCAGGAGGUGGCCAAGCGGCUGGCACCGUUCAAACCGUCGCGCAUCCAGUUCACCAGCCGGACGGACAAGUUUCUCACGGCCGAGGAUCUGAACGUUACGCAGGUUCCGUUCGAUGAGCUGAUCGAAACGAGCGACUUCCUCAUCAUCGCCUGCUCGUACAACGUGGAAACGGCCAACCUGUUCAACGAUGCCGUGUUUUCGCGCAUGAAACCGUCGGCCAUACUGAUCAACACCAGCCGGGGCGGAGUGGUCGAGCAGCACGAUUUGAUUCACGCGUUGCGGGCGGGCAAAAUACAGGCCGCCGGGUUGGAUGUGACCACACCGGAGCCGCUUCCGCUCGACAGCCCGCUGCUCACGCUACCGAACGUGGUGGUGCUGCCCCACAUUGGCAGUGCGGACAUCGAGACACGCAUAGAAAUGUCUCGCAUCACCGCCUGCAACAUACUGGCCGGACUGAAGGGCAUCCGAAUGCUGUCGGAAGUUUAGGGAGCUAGGGAAGCAGGGAAAUAAAAUACCGAUUUUCACGCAUCAA